UGUGUGUCCUGUAUACUAUCUGUGUGUGUCCUGUAUACAUUCUGUGUAUGUCCUGUAUACUAUCUGUGUGUGUCCUGUAUACAUUCUGUGUGUGUAGUAAGCAGGAAAUGGUGUGAGAUGUAACUUUCAUCUCGACCUGUCGGGGAGGAUGCCGUGUUUCCGCGGGAAAUGAAGUGAAUUCAACCAUCCAAAUGUCCAAACGUACCCCUGCUGUGGAGGAGCCCCCUGACUCAGAGAGGGCUGCUGUGAGGAACAGGUUUUCCUCCGCCUGCUCCUCUUCCUGGGCCGAAGGAGACAGCGCAGGCCUCUAUGACAGCGUUCCCACGUCUGCUGCUGAUCCAACCGGUGAACGAGAACAUGCCUACGCAGCUCUGCUCUGUUGUCAUCGUGCCCAAGACUCUUUGCUGAGCUCCAACAGCAGCUUCACCGGCUACAGAGGCGUCCUCAACUGGAUCAUCAUUCUCCUGGUCCUGACUCAUGCUCACUUGUUCUUGGAGAACUUCAUACAACAUGGCUUUUUGAUAGAUGUCAAAAAGGUCUUGGAGCAUGUCAUUGAGGACAACUGCACCUGGCCGUCUGUCAACCUCGUCUUAGCUGCCAAUGUGUUCGCCAUUACAGCUUUGCUACUUGAGAGGUCUCAGGAAAAGGGUACGCUGUCCCCCACCAACGGUCAUCGGUUGCAUCUCACCAACCUGGGCUUGCUGCUGCUGUUCCCUGCUGCAGUCAUCGUACAUGAGCACACAAUAUCCACAGGUGGAGCGUUCUUCUCUCUCUGGUUCUACACAGCUCUGGGGAUGAAGCUGUAUUCAUACCAGGAAACUAAUCGCUGGUACCGACAGGCUCGUUUACCUGAUCCAGAAAGGGACAAGAAUGCUUCUGCUGAGCUAAAAGCCCACACGGACCAGCUUACUUUCCAAGAUCUUUAUUAUUUCCUAUUUGCCCCCACCCUGUGCUACCAGAGAGACUUCCCAUGUACUCCUAAGGUCCGCAUCACUAAGCUACUGCACAGGCUGCUGGAAAUGGUGACCGUCAUCCAGAUCAUGGUUGGAAUUGUGCAGCAGUGGAUUGAACCCAUCUUCCAGAGAUCAGAAAACUCCUUCUCUAGUAUGGACGUCACUAUGAGAGUGGAGCACCUGGUGGGACUGGUGGCACCAACCCAUUUCCUCUGGCUCCUCUUCUUCUUCUUGAGUCACUCCUACCUGAAUUUCUGUGCAGAACUGUUGCGCUUCGGUGAUCGUCAUUUUUAUGGCGACUGGUGGAACGCUGCAACUCUGAUCACUUUUUGGGAGAAUUGGAGUAUUCCCUUUCAGAAAUGGUGUCAUAGACAUGUAUACACUCGGCUGGUGGAAAAGAAUGUGCCCCCAUUAGAGGCAGAGUUACUGGUCUUCCUGAUGUCAGCUGCUCUUUUAGAGUAUUUGAUUGCUCUGCCUCUGCAUAGCUGUCGUCUGUGGAUAUUCCUCAUGAUGCUAUUUGAGGUGAGAAUACCACACUAGUGGCAGCUGGGGGUAUUUACCUGGAGGGGGCUACAGGCU